GGCAUCAGCAGCGAUCAAAUGACGGCCGUGGACGUUCGCCGGGCGACGCCGGCCGAUGUGGUCGAGCUGGCGCCGAUAUUCGACGCCUACCGCGUCUUUUAUGACCAGCCAAGUGACGUGGCACGUGCAGAGGCUUUUCUCAUCGAGCGAUUGACGACCAACGACACUGUGCUCUUCGUGGCCUCGCUCGGUGGGCGUAUCGUGGGCUUUGUCCACCUCUUUCCGAGCUUCUCGUCCGUCACGACGCAGCGGCUCUGGAUCCUCAACGAUCUCUUCGUCGACGUGAGUGCGCGCCGAGCAGGCGUCGGUCGGCGCUUGAUGACGACUGCGACAGCGCACGCCCACGCCACUGGCGCGAAAGGGCUCAUGCUCGAGACAGGUCACGACAACCUUGCCGGGCAAGCGCUCUACGAGUCAUUGGGCUACAAGCGAUCCUCCGAGCUCUAUUACUUUUUAGCGAUUCCCAGCAAAGCUGACGAAAAUUAGACAAGUUGUGUGCCCCGAGCGGCUCCAAUGUGCAAAACCGCAGCUCUAGCCAAAUUCACACAAAAUUUUGUUUCCUGGAGAGAUCAAGCCUAAUUACCUCAUUUUUGGCAAAAUAUAUUUAGCC